CCUGUAGUGAACUGAUUGGAUUCACCCACUAUAAUGUACGUGUAUUGGUACUGCUAAGAAUACGAGGGAAAGACAACUAUAAGAUGUUUCAGAGUUUAAAGACGUCUUUAACAACUCUACAGUCAGUUCCAAGGUCUAGACCGCCAGGACUUACUUCCACUGAGAUCACAUCAAAUUCAGCAGUUUUUCAAUGGCAACAAAUCCCCAGAAAAGAUGCCCAUGGUGUUCUUCUCGGGUAUAUAGUAGAUCUCUACAGUUAUUACAGUGGCAGAUAUAGGGGAGAAAUAAAAACAAGUAACACCUCUAUAGCCUUCAAGGAUCUUUCCCCUGCUAACCGAUAUGAGUUGAAAGUUAGAGGCUACACUGCCAUUGGAUCAGGACCAAACAAGUAUUACUACUUCUCUACAA